UGUUGUCAAGCUGUUAACGCUGUUAAUACGCUGCUAAUGCGCUGUAUGAAAUUCAGCUUGCUGCUGCUGGCUGUCUGUCAAUUGAAUUCAGUCGGUUUGCCACAAUCAGCCGAACCAAACGGGCAUCUGACGGCCAGGCUACAGUUCAGUUCACUGUGAACGUGAGAACCGUGUGGACGUGCUAUAAAAUAAACGCGGAACGUUUGCUCACAAACAUCAAACGGCAACUAACUAAAUAGCAAGCAAGCUUUGGCUGCUAUCUUUCUACCUACAAACAUACAAAAGCAACACGACGGGCAAGUAAACCCAAAAGAGACUCUCACUUACAUGAAAACAGCAAAGCAGAAGAAGAGCCCCACACACAGAUGCUCACAACAGCAGUGGAAACAGUAGAACAACAAUAAAAAUAACAGCAACAAGCGUGUAUUACACAAAUGUGCUAAGUUACAUACUUACAUAUGUACAUAGUGAACGGUAGUAGUAAUGGCAACAGCUGAACUGAAACUGAAUAACAUAAUCGCAAUUAAUUAAUUUCGUGUUAAUAACCAGCGCAACAAGAUAAGAAGAAAAUUGUAUAUUAAACAAUUAUUGAAUAAUUGCAUAAAUUGUGGUGUAAAUUUGUAAAAAGAAAUUUUGUGUGGAAAGUCUUUUUAAGAAUUAUGUAUUAAAGUAUUUAAGACAAAUACCUAUGCAAUUUUUUGAAAGUUGAAAAGUGAUUAAGGAAGCAUUAAAAAUUAGUAAAGCCAAUGUGAAAAUUCGGAAAAAUUAAUAAAUUUAUUAAAAAAAAUUAAAGCAAAUUUAAAAUAUUUUAACAAAUAAAAAUCGCAUGAGAAAUUGGUAGCUGAUACGCUUUAGUGAUUUGUGCAGAACUUUUUAAUUAUUUCGUGUGACUAUGUUUAGAAAUUCGGUGCAAUUGUUUGUGUGAAAUGAAUGGGCACAUAUUAACAGCAAUUAAAAGAGAUUCAAUUUACAAUAAAAAAUUUUUGAUAUUAACAAAUCAAUUAAAUUUUAAAUAAAUCAAACAUUUGCAAGACAUAAAAUAAUAAAGGCGUGAAAAUUCAAAAGGCCGUGGAUUAUUUUGAAAUUUUCAACGACUUAAAUGAUUUUAUGAAAGCAAAUUAAUAAAACACAAUUCUAAAGAAAUUAAAGAAAGGACGAAUUAUUAAAAAAUUAGCAAUUAUAAAACAUUUUUAACAAGGUGCAAUAAACAGCAAUUUGUUUUAUGAAACACAUGUGUAAAUUUCAAUAAAAAAUAAAUUUUGAAGCAACUUACAACAAAGCCUUUACAAAGAAUUUUAUUGCAAUCGAAGUGCGUGUGUGUGUGAAAGUGACAACUGAAAAAUUUUUAAGUGGAUUAAACCAAAGUUCGCAUAAAUUCAGAGUCAAAAGUUUAUGCAGAGGAUAAUAAAGGCAAAGAAAAUCAAAACACAGCAAUCAACAACGACAGCAGAAGGAGUAGCAACAGCAAUAAAAGACAGUCAACACACAAAAAGCAAAGAAACCAUACACAAAAUAAUUAAGUGGAAAUAAAUUGUGGUUUGCCUUGCAACAAACAAGAGUAGAAGAAGAAGCAACAGUGGCGGCGGCGUCAGCCAACUAACAACAUAUUUCAACUGUAGUGGAAAUUUCAAAGCAGCAAAGAAAAAAUAACAAAAAAGUUACAGCAGCAGCCACACAUACGCGCGCACAGCCAGACAGACAAGGUGGUGGAACAAGUUUUGCAGUGAGUGCUCUUAAAUAGCUGUGAACAAAAUUGUUGUGCUGCUCUUAAGUUUAAUAAAAUUAAAAAAUUAAAAAGGAACACACAAAAAGGCAGCAGCAGCGGCAACAAUAACCGCUUAAAAGUGUAAGAAGUUAAGAUAUUUUGUAAAAUAAAAGUUUUCAAAACUGAUACAAGUUCAAAAAACGAAAAAGUAGCAUAGAAAUUGCUGCAAAACUUGCCGGAUUCUUACAAAAGUCAGUUGAGAAGUGCUCGUGCUCCUAUUAUGUACACACACACAUCAAACUAGCAGUGGCCAAAAAUUACCUAAAAAAAGUUUUAAGACCACUGGAUAGGGUGAACUCACUAUAGCGGCAAAUUACCACACGCCAAGUUUCGCAACAAUAAAGUCGCCACUGCAGACUCGACAAACUUAACGGCCACUGCAAGCGAGUACCGAGCACCAACAGAAGCAGCAGACAUUAGUAGCAGCAAAGCGGAAUAUUUUCUGCGAGAAAUUCAAUUAAAAGUCAAAGCAGGUAAAGAAGUGUGGACGCAAUAAAAACGCUAAAACAACAGAGCAAUAAAAAACAGACGAAGGUGAGACAACAACACUUGUUGUAGUACGUUAACCUACCCGCAAGCAAUCAAAGCGAAAAGGUAUUGCAACGCAACGCAACGCUGUAAAAGUAACAUCAGCAACAAUUACAAAAACCAAAAAACAAACAAAAUGACCUUGCCCACAACAACAACAGUGAAUGGUUGCGAAGACGAUUCCGAUAUGUUUGGCCCGCCACGUUCCUCACCGCCCAUCGGCUAUCAUCAUCAUCGUUCGCGUGUACCAAUGAUAUCGCCAAAGUUGCGUCAACGUGAAGAACGUAAACGCAUAUUGCAAUUGUGUGCACACAAGUUGGAGCGCAUCAAGGAUUCGGAGAUGAAUCUGCGUCGCAGUGUUUGCAUUAAUAACACCUAUUGCCGGCUAACCGAUGAGCUGCGACGGGAGAAACAGUCACGCUAUCUAGCGAAUUUACCGAGAUCCGAGGUGAAGCCCGAAAGCGCACGCGAUAACAUUUUCAAUCCCUACAGCAGCUGUGGCAUUGACAAUUCCAAUCAUCAGCCAUCGAACAAAUUCGCCUGCAAUGAAAUCGCCAACAACAAUGCCUCACCGAACAACAACAACAACGCACUCAAUCUUUCGCGGGCUCACGAUGCCGCGGAGCGCAACAGGAGCAGCGAUGAAGAGCUUCUCUUAAGCGGCGAUGAAAAUAAUCUCAACUGCAACAACAACAACAACAAACUACACUCGUCCACCACACACGUCGACAUUGCCAACUCUUCGUCGCACAGCAACUGCGCAGCAACCACUAGCACCACCUCCACCAGCAGCGGCGCCGCCAUCACCUCGCACACAACUGCCAUCCACACUACCGCCAACGUCGCCUCUACAAUCCACAGCACUACCACACACACCACACAUUUUACUGCCACCGCCUCAUCCUCCUGCCAUGCCACCAACACCACAACUGUUGCCAAUUCGUCUCUCACUUCCUCCCUAUCCUCGUCCAUCUCUUCCUCCUCCGUCGUCGUCUCAACCACCAGCACCACACAUUCGCGUAAACGUCCAAUCUGCAGCAGCAAUCUUGACAAUGACCUGGAAAUACUCGACCGUGAAUUGAGCGAAAUCAAUGCGCCAAUGCCACUCAUCGAUCCGGAGAUCACGCAGGGCGCCGAACAGCUAGAGAAAGCCAUCUCGUCUCGCAAACGGCUACGCAGCGAGGACGAAAGCGAUCGUUUGGUGCGCGAGGCGCUUUCACAAUUCUACAUCCCCCAACAGCGCCUGAUCUCCGCCAUUGAAGACUGUCCGCUCGAUGUAGUGAGCGUAGGUGGUGGCAUGGGCGUUGGUGUGGGUUUGGGACUAGGCAUGGGGGUCAGCGUCGGCAUGGGUAUGGGUCCAAUGUCGCCAAGUAAACGACAAAAACUAAGCAAUGGCAAUGGCGGCAACGAGCUGGAACUGGAGUUCGAUCUAAAUCAAAAUCAAAAGGACUUUGAGGUGAUAAUGGAUGCGCUGCGCUUAGGUACGCCCAGUCCAACACCCAGCGUGGGCAGCGACUCAUGCGGACAGGCGGCGAUGAUGAGCGAAUCGGCAAGUGUAUUUCACAAUCUGGUCGUCACAUCGCUGGAAACAUGAAAGUAUCAGUAAAAAGCAGGCGAUAGAAUAGCAAGUGGUAAACGAGACAGAGCAAAUUCGACAGCAAAAGCGAGUGCGAACGAUAGCAGAAGAUAAGAGAUUAGGCAUGGAUGAGUGAGCGCAUGUGCGAGCGAGACGGGUGUUUGUUCGCUGUGAAUUAUGGCGGCUUAAAUGCAACUGAUGCGAAAACAACAAAAGUAAAAACAGAAAAUUCACUUUUUAUAGCGCAUUGUUAAGUUUAGCAAAAUAAUUGCAAACAAAACUUUAAAAAUUGUAACUAAUAUUAAAACAAAACAAAAGAACUUUCUUAACUUUUAAAAAGAUGUUAAAGUGUAAGAGGAAAAGUACAUAAUUUACAACACUAAAAACUUAAAAUUUAUAACUCAUGUAAAAAGAUAAAAAUGGCAACAAGCCACAAAUUUUGUUGCAACUAAAAUAGGCAAAACAAAAACUCUUAAGCUUAAGCAUUUAGCUUAAGAUUUUUUCCACAAAUAUUAUUAGUUUUUAACCAAGCAAAAACUCAAAAGAAAAACUUAUACACGUAAAUACAUAAAAUAUAAAAUUAUACAAAGCUAAUUACACACAGACAUAUUAUGUACAUACAUGUGUAGUAUAUAAGGUAAGCAGUAAACAAAAAAAAAAAAAACAACUAAAUCAAAGAAAAUGUAGUCAAGCAGAAGACAGCAACCGUACAUACUUACAUCAUAGAUAUGUACAUAUGUACACAUGUACAGUAUGUAGGUUUGUAUAGUAAGUUAGUCACGUAGAUGUGAGGAAGAAGACAGAGAUCACCCAAGAGGUGUGAUUUAAAAGCUAAUGAAGUGAAAAAAAAAUGUGUAGAAAUACAAAAAAAAAAUGUCACGCGUUUUUAUGAUACAAAAAUAAGAUAUGUAUUACAAAAAAAUUUGCUUUCUACAACAAAUAAUUUGCUAUUUUUUAUUGAAAGGAAUGGACGUAAUUUUCUCCUUCGAAAUUGCAGCUAAGUAAACAUUGGGAGUUUUCUUCUCUGAAAAGUAAAAAAAAAAUAAAAAUUUCGCUUAGAAAUUUACUUAUGUAAAGCAAUAUUCACUAAUUUUCUUUCUAAAAAUGUAGAAAUAACAAUCAGAACAAAAAAGGAAGUUUCUCUAGUCAAAUCACAAAAAAAAA